AUGAGUGGCAUUGAUCUCUACGAGGCCACAUCUUCACCAGAAGGAUUUGGUGAAGAUAUAUCCCAUCUUUCUAAUCUUAGGGAUCUCGAUAUCUCUAGGUGCAAUAUAACUAGUCCGAUUUUCCCCAUCAAUGAGUUUCACAAUCUUUCCCAUUUAUCAUCCCUCAAAAUGAAUCGCAAUUUUCAACUCAGUUCUCUAUUCCCAGUCCAGCUGGCUAAUUUGACCUCAAUCUCUAUUCUUGAGUUAUCUUACUGUAAUUUACGUGGUUCAGUUCCUUAUCUACCACAACUCAAAGAGCUUGAUGUGAGUGGUAAUCAGGAUCUUCAUGUUGAUUCUUCAGUAUUGUUCAAACAUCAAUGGCCUAGAUUACAAAAACUUAAGAUAUCAGGAAAUGAAGUAAUUGGAUCAAUACUGCAUUCGAUUUCUAACGCGCCGUUAUUGGUCUGGCUUUCUGCUACAUCAUGUUCAAUUCAAGGAUCAUUACCUCUUUCGUUGUACAAUCUUUCUCAAUUACAAUAUUUAAAUCUCUAUAACAAUUCCUUAACUGGGGAUAUCCAUUCUUUAAUCUCCAACCUAAAAUACCUAUACCAUCUCGACUUGUCCCGCAAUAAUUUCCAAGGAUAUUUACCUUCGUCACUCUACAAUCUUUCUCAAUUACAAUAUCUAAAUCUCUAUAACAAUUCCUUAACUGGGGAUAUCCAUUCUUUAAUCUCCAACCUAAAAUACCUAUACCAUCUAGACUUGUCCCUCAAUAAUAUCCAAGGAUCUUUACCUUCGUCACUCUACAAUCUUUCUAAAUUGCAGCAUCUCGACCUGUCUUCCAAUUCUAUAACAGGUACAAUUCCAUCUUCUCUAUUUCCCACAAAACCACAAUUCGAAACUGAUGCCAUCGAUCUCUCAAAUAAUCAACUAUCAGGGAUCAUACCUACUAAUAUAGGAUACUGUGGUUCACUUCGGUAUCUGAACCUUGGCACCAACAAUCUCACCGGAAAGUUUCCUAGAGUGCUUCAACUUGAAAAAACUCUAAAAUAUCUACAGUUGAGUAACAACAAUCUGGAUGGCACUAUUAAUUUCAUCAAUACACUUCACAAGCUGGAAUUUCUAAACUUAGAGUAUAACAACUUUGGAGGCAGUAUACCAACUGGUCUUGGUUCACUCCAAGAUAUUAAGUACCUUUCUUUAAGGUCAAACAAGCUCACUGGCUCAAUCCCUGAAGAGAUUAUUCAUUUGCAGAAACUUCAGAUAUUAGACUUGGCGCUAAACAAUCUGUCAGGCCGUAUUCCCCAAAAAUUAGGAAACUGGAGUGGAUUGAUAAAUAACUCUUAUCCGAAUGACGAUUAUGGUGAUAUUACAUUGCAGAUGGUAAAAAAAGGGAAUGUUAUACAAGUCAAGAAGUUAUACAACUACAGCACAUUGAUUGAUCUAUCUUGCAACUCUCUUAACGGAAGCAUUCCAAAGGAGAUAGGCUUAUUAAAGAUACUUUCUUCACUCAAUUUGUCCAACAAUCGAUUUUCCGAUGAAAUCCCAGAAAGUAUAGGAAAUUUGUCCGCGCUAGAGUCUUUGGAUUUAAGUUCCAAUAGAUUAUCUGGACAUAUUCCUCAAUCCUUGACAAAAGUUCACUCUCUCGCGGUUCUAAACUUGUCUUACAAUAUGUUGAGUGGAAAAAUCCCAAUAGAAAGUCACUUUGAUACUCUGAGUGUAGAUGGUUUGGCUUUUGUCGGAAACGAGUUACUGUGUGGAUUACCUACUAAGAAAAUUUGCGAUGGUGAUCAGAAUUCUAGUACCAUUAAGCCUACAAAAAAAGAUGAUGAAGUCGAUCCAGAAGAUGUGAAAGACAAGUUGUUGUUAUAUGCUAUUGUUUUCUUGGGGUUUGCAGUUGGAUUUUGGAGUCUAUUCUUUAUUUUGCUUAUGAAGAAACAGAAAUGGUGGCUCCCAUACUGGAGAUUUGUCGAUUCCAUUGCAAUUGAAAUUAUAGAAUAUGUCCAAAAAUACUAA